AUGGACUUCGUUUCAAACUUGGAUAUUGUUAAUGCACCUCAACUAUUGAAACCAUUAAUUGCCAAGUGUUGGGAUGAUAAUCCUUUAUUUCGUCCAGAAGCCCAUGAAUUAUUUCCUCUUUUUAGAAAGUGGUAUUAUCGUUAUGAUCCGAAUUCAGAACUUAACCAGCAAUAUCAACAAACGAAUGUUGCAGGAGAAUCAUUAACAUUAAGUAACCUAACUUAUAAAACACAUCCGCAAGACAUUUAUAUCAGUCAAAUGCAUGAUUUAAAUUUAAUUUCUGAAAAAUUUAACGUUGAAGAUAAUGA